AUGACGGAAGUACAACAGCCUGCACAAACGUCGCUCGCGACGGACACAUCUCUCGAAGUCGCCGCGUCGACUGAGCUCGUACCGACGACCGAACAGACAAUCAUCACGACCAAUGCCGAGGGCAAAAAAGUCAAGAAGAUCAUCCGUCGCAAACGGAGACCGGCGCGUCCACAAGUCGACCCGGCGACCAUAAAGCCCCAGGAAGUCGCGCAAACUGGAAACAUCUACAACGUUUGGUACAAUAAGUGGUCUGGCGGCGACAGGGAGGACAAGUACCUUUCCAAGACCGCUGCGCAGGGACGCUGUAACAUCGCCAAGGACAGCGGAUACACCAAAGCCGACAAGACACCUGGAUCCUACUUCUGCCUGUUCUUUGCGCGUGGUAUCUGCCCUAAGGGUGUGGACUGCGAGUACCUCCAUCGCCUGCCUACCGUCACCGACAUCUUCCCGAGCAAUGUCGAUUGCUUCGGGCGCGACAAGCAUGCUGACUACCGAGACGACAUGGGCGGAGUAGGAACCUUCCAAAGACAAAACCGAACCCUCUACAUCGGGCGCAUCCACCCCACCGACGACAUCGAAGAAAUCGUAUCGCGCCACAUGCAAGAAUGGGGCGAAAUCGAGCGAACUCGCGUCCUCACAGCCCGUGGCGUAGCCUUCGUAACCUACACCAACGAAGCCAACUCACAAUUUGCGAAAGAAGCAAUGGCGCACCAAUCCUUCGACCACAACGAAAUCCUAAACGUCCGAUGGGCAACCGUCGAUCCCAACCCACAAGCUGCGAAACGCGAAGCUCGCCGCAUCGAAGAGCAGGCCGCGGAAGCCAUCCGAAAAGCUCUCCCUGCAGCCUACGUCGCCGAACUCGAAGGCAGAGAUCCCGAGGGCAAGAAGCGCAGGAAGGUCGAAGGCAGCUUCGGUCUACAAGGCUACGAAGCACCGGACGAUGUUUGGUACGCGAAAGAAAAGAGUGACUGGGAAGCAACCAAGCAGCUAGAAUCUGGUGGCAUGGGAGAACGCAUGAUGAUUGAGAGCGCAGAGUCGGCAUACCAAGAUGAUGCGCAGCAAUACCAACAAGACGAGGGUUCUGCUGCGCAACAGCAGGGUAAUGGCAUUUUAUCUUGUUCUACACUGGCGGCGCUUAAGGGAUUCAGGACAACGCCGUCGAAUAAACGGCCUGCACCUGCUGCGGGGCCGCUUGUGGAUUAUGGAAGCGACAGUGAUUGA